UGACCUCCGCUCUGUCCUUCCCUGGCAGGGACGCUGCGCCCAGUUCGUCGCAACUACUACGACCCAUCCUCGGCCCCUGGGAAGGGCGUGGUGUGGGAGUGGGAGAACGACCGUGGCUCCUGGACGCCCUACGACAUGGAGGUGGGCAUCGCCAUCCAGCAGGCCUACGAGAAGCAGCGGCCCUGGGUCGACCUCACACCCAUCGGCUUCAGCUACAUCAUCGACUUCAGCACCAUGGGCCAGAUCAACCGGCAGACGCAGCGCCAGCGCCGCGUGCGACGGCGCCUGGACCUUGUCUACCCCAUGGUCGCUGGUUCCCUGCCCAAGCCACAGUCCUGGCCACUCAGCCCUGCAUCGCCCACCAUGCCCCCGGGGCCACCCUGCACCUGUCCACAGUGUGUGCUGGUCAUGAGUGUGAAGGCGGCUGUGGCCCACGGGGGCAGUGCACCACAGCCCUCUACAGCGACCCGCAAGAACACUGCAGCCCCCUCAGGGGCCACAAAGCCACCUCCAGCCUCAGGGCCCGGGGCCAAGCUUCCAGAUGGUGUGGGCACCGUGCGAGGCCUGGGCAAGCCUGCCCCAGUACAGGCCAUCCGGAGACAGGCCACCAGUACAGGAACAGGGACCCCAGCGGGCUCUCCUGCCAGUGCCUCUGGAGCUGACAGCAGGCCUGGGAGGGCAGCCCUGGCCACCUUGAAUCGGAACAGCCUACAGCGGCUGGCCAUCGCCCAGUCCCGGGUGCUGAUUGCCUCUGGGGUUCCCACUGUCCCCGUGAAGAACCUAAAUGGCUCCAGCCCUGUCAAUCCCGCCUUGGCAGGAAUCACCGGGAUCCUGAUGAGCGCCGCGGGGCUGCCCGUGUGCCUUACCCGGCCGCCCAAGCUUGUCCUGCACCCGCCGCCGGUCAGCAAGAGCGAGAUAAAGUCUAUCCCAGGGGUCUCCAACAUGAGCCGCAAGACCACCAAAAAGCAAGCCAAGAAAGGUAAAGCCCCGGAGGAGGUGCUGAAGAAGUAUCUGCAGAAGGUCCGGCACCCACCUGAGGAGGACUGCACCAUCUGCAUGGAGCGCCUCACGGCGCCCUCAGGCUACAAGGGCCCACAGCCAACCGUUAAGCCGGACGUGGUGGGCAAGCUGUCCCGGUGUGGUCACGUCUACCACAUCUACUGCCUGGUCGCCAUGUACAACAAUGGGAACAAGGACGGGAGUCUGCAGUGUCCAACGUGCAAGACCAUCUAUGGGGUGAAGACAGGGACGCAGCCUCCGGGGAAGAUGGAGUACCACCUCAUCCCCCACUCCCUGCCGGGCCACCCGGACUGCAAGACCAUCCGGAUCAUCUACAGCAUCCCCCCUGGCAUCCAGGUGCGUCCACGCGUUCUGGCGUCUAAAACGCGUUCCUCGGCGCCUCCUUCCGGGGCUUCCCCUCCGUGGGCUAGUCCCCGCCCUCCUGUCCCCGCCAUUGUUCCUACUUUCUUGGAACCCUUCAGGGUCCUUUGUGCCCGCCUGGCAGAGAUGACUCCCCACCCCUCUGGUUUUUCCACAAACGGUGACAUUGCAGCACUCAGCUUCACACCCCGCGUCUUGCCGGGAACGAUGCAGCCUGUAGAGCUUUGCACGGCGGCCCAGAGAGAGCUUCCUCGUUCCUUCCUAGUCUGUGCAGUAAUCCACUGUGUGAAUCGUUUCAUUCAGCGGCUUCCGUGA